AUGACAUUUUAUUCAGUUGUUGAUAAUGGAAAGCAGAUACCAGAGAAGCUAGAUAUCAUUUACACACUUAAAUGCGAUAACACUAAUGAAUUCGAUGUUAUAAGAAACUGGAAUGCUUUUAUUAUUCGUUCAAUUUUAAAUAAAUUUAAUGAUUCAAAAUCCUAUUUUGAUAAUACUAUCAAAGGAAACAAACAACCUGUAUCUUCUAACCUAAAGCAUCGAAAAAUUACAAAAAUAAUCGAUAAUGCUAAUGGUAUAUUAGCAAACCAAGACCAAGAUGAGGCCAUAGCCAUGUUUCCGAAAGUAAUUCAAGGAUUUAAAGAGCUAGUGAAUGCAGGUAUUAAAAGACUUGCAACUACUGAACAAUUUAAACUUGCAACCUUAGAUAAUGCUUUCGAUAUGAGCGAUUGUGUUAAUGCAAAAACUCAUGCUAAUUUUACAAGUACUGAUGAGCUCCUUGGCAAUAAUGUUUAUAUACGUGGUGGUGUUAUGGGAAAUUAUUCCAAUAAAUUUCAUGUAGUAAAAUUUAACAAUGUUACUUUUGUUGCUGUUGGUGGAAUUGCAAGCAAUCCUUUAUUAUCUUAUUCUUCAUUUAUUGGUGGGCCUAUUUUUACCUCAAUAGAAAUGUAUGAUUCUUUAGAUAAAUUAGGUUUACUAAAUAAUAGUUUAAUGCCUAAAUCUUUUCCCUUGGCUUGA